UAAUCUGAUACGACGGGAGUGUCCUUACGGAGCGUGCGCUGAUCGCAACUCUCGAUCACAUCACGAGUGACCUGCUUUAAGCUAGCCCGCGUGUGUGCGUGUGACUCGUCCUACGACACGUGAGAUCAAGAAGUACAAAGUAGUCAACAAGGUGAAUUAACAUCGAGCAAGGAGAAUGUGGCUAGAUUCGAUUGCAAAUUCGGUGGCACGAAUAUUUUCGUACAUAGCUAUUCUCUUCUUGAUCCUGGGGAAGCUGAAUGUGAACUGGAGGGUCACAGCGAUGUGCGAGCAACCUUCUUCUGUGGAGUGCAACCCUACAGAACCCUGCAUCACGGAACCCUGGCUACAGCCUUGCGGCACUACACUAACGAGCGUGGCGACGAAUCUGCAGCAGCAGCGACAUAGCGUGCACAGCUUCUUGAAGAAAGUGCGAAUGAAGAUGCGAGUCGCGCGAUACUCCUACCAAUGUUUCAAAAAUGAGAGGAAGGGAAUCUACAAAAAUGCUGUAGCUUUGCAUGGCAGGAACAAAUUUAAUUGGUUACCCUCAAAGGAACUCAUGUGGUAUUGUCAUGACGUUUCAUGCCUUCUAGACAAGGAGAAAAAAGCUCAACGUAUUCUUCCACGUUUAUACGAUGAUCUUCAAAGGUUAGCCAUUACGUUUCAUGAGCUUGGAAAAUUUCAUCUCAACUCAAGUGUCGAUGCCACUGGAAUCAUACACAUUCGGAACUGGAUGAUUAACGUAACAUUUAAUCAGAUCCUUCAGAUGCUGUGCGAAGUCGAGAACGGCAUGUAUAAUUUGCAAAUUGAUAUCCCUCCUCCGAAAAAUAGAGCGAUUAUAACAUCUAAAUUCUGGAGUAAAGAGGGAGAUGUAACUCAAAUGUUGAUUCAAGAUUCGGGAGUGUUAAAGAUCUACAGGACUUUCUUGCUUAAUUGGAAAUUAAUAAUGCUCCAUGUUUUAAAUUCGCCGAAAUUCAACUCUUGCAAAACUAAAUUCCACAGCGAAGCGCAAAUAAAAAAACUUAAAAGACGGUGUUUUCUCGAGAGAAAACGUAAAAAUUCGUUGAAAAGGAGAAUUCAAAUGAUAAGAAAACAGAGUGAGCUAUAAAAUAGUUCCUUUAUCGAAUAUCAAAGAGCGAAGUAACUAAAUUAAAUUUAAUUAAUUAAGGAAUAAUUAAAAUCUGUAAAAAUGAGUAUACAUUACAUUUCGAAUCUGUUGAAUCUUUGCGAUUUAAAAAAGGACUCUUAAGCAAUACGAAGCUAAGACAUUUAUAUGUAGGGCCAUUUUUCUAUGUUUCUCUUUAUAUUUAAUAUCGACAAGAUCUGCUGAUCGUUUAAAGAUACAUCGCUCUUUACAGCAUCGAACAUAUAUUUAUGUAUAUCAUACUAACAUAACUUUGAUAUUUAUUCCAUCGUCGCUAUCAUUCAUUCAGAGAUAUAGUUUUACUCGUUUAAUAUUCUGUAAGUUUCGUCAAUAGAGAAUCGUGCCUGAUAUUGUAUUAAGAUUAGAUAUCUCAACAGAGCCGUGAAGAACAUUUGCUUAAUUUGAUAAAUAUCUUUCCAGUAAUGUCGGAUCAACAAGUCCUGAUUAUGAUAAUACUAAAGUAUAUUUUAUAUACACGGCAUACUCGCAGACCGCAGUAUUAAAAGAUCUACUUCAGAACAGUAUUAUAUAUCUAAUAACAUGCAGAAUAUAUACCGACGUGGAGUUAACAUUGAUAAAAAUGUUUCGAAAUACCAGUGCAUAUUCUUGAAUCGAGAUAGAUUCAUGAAAUAUCGGUCUAAUAAAUUAACAGCCGUGGCUAAGUGCACCUGAAACUCGUAAUCGUAUCGUGCGUGUGCAAAAGGCAUAUCAAAAGCUCAUUUUCAUUCUUAGGCACUCAACUAUCCGAAGACAACAAAAAAAAAAAAAAAAAAUAGAAAUGCAUAUCAGAAAUAAGGAGAAAGAGAUAAAUUUACAAACACAUUUUUCGAUUGGUCGUCUCGCGCAUGAUAUUUAUAUCGAUAUGCUAACGUAGAUUAUAAAGCUCACGAUCAAAACGGUUUGUCAUACGGACACACGAGACUCGACUUAAAAUCGACGAAAUCUGCGAUAUACAGAUAGGAUAUAUGCAGAUAGCAAGUGUGAGAGGACGAGUUUUUAGGCUGUUCGUGAAACCUAUUUAUUCUAGUUUUACCUAGCAUACCUAAGCAGAUGGCGAGCUUAAUAUUGUUUAGCUGUGAUAUCCCGAGUGUACGCGGACGUACAGAGUUCCUACGUUUAUACAUAGACGAAUAUAUGUGUGCGCAUAUAUACAUAUAUAAAUAUAACGUGAUAUGUACUGACACGUAUUUAGACGUAGACUCUCCUCUUUUUUUUCGAUGUGUUUACCGUAGAAUCUCGCCUCGUCGUGCGAACAUGACAAUUUUAUCUUUUAUAGUUAAUCCGUUAUGACCGUAGACGCAUGUAGACGAAACGAGAAACGUUUUAGCGGAGUCAAAGUCCGAGGAUUUUGAAUUUUUUUCCGGCUUCAUGAUUUCUUUCGUCACGCUUUAGAUCAGAAAGCGUUCGUCAAAAGCGAUGACAAAUGAUUAUUAUGAAUUUUAAGAGAAUCGUUUGAGCGUCUUAUUUAGAGUUUUUCCUGAGCACCAGCACGUAUGACAAGAUCGUUUGCAAUAGGUUAAGAUAUAUUUAUAUUUAUAUGUAAAUCUGAUGUUUUUUUAUACUAAAACGAUACUUAAGUAUGUUAUUAUAUCUUAGCGUUACACAUAAUUUUGUUGAAUACGUGUCGCGACUCAAAUUACUCGUAGACGUGCACUUAAAACUCUUAAGUAUACAUUAUGCAUUUUAUCCAGUAUAGAGAUACGUAGUGUAUUUAUUCGUUCGGUUGUAUAUGCAUACUUAUAUACAUACAGCGUUCUGUUUAUACAGUGUUCUGUUUACACAGCGUUCUAUUUAUUGUAUACACCACGUUACCAUUGCAUAUACUAUUUAUUGUCAUUCUUAUAUGUAAUCGUCUCGAAUAAACCCCGUCUUUUGUAUCGAACUGAAGUUUAGAUAAUAGAGAUACCUUAAUAAUUCACAUAAUAAUUUAAUUUAGCGAUGUAAAAAUGCUCCUUUUACAUGAAUUACAUGAAUGUGCAAAAGCGAACAUUUGACCGGAAGUACUAGGAGUACAUGAAGGAUCCCCGUUCCGUUUAGCAAGCUCGGUCAUUUAUCUACAUAAUGUAUAAUGCAAAGAAAAAUAAUGUGUGUAUAGGUAAGAGAAUAUCAUUAUUUAAUUAAUUUAAUAAAUAUGAUUCUCUCUGUCUUUCAUCGCAGUAAAGCGAUAUUUAAAUAAUAUUUUAAGUCGCAGUUGAUUAAAUAAGUAAUAUGUAAUAUUAGUAACGCUAAUUUUUUGUAACUGCCAUUAAAUAUUUACUGCCAUUUAAUAUUUAGUGUGUACAUGCCAUAAAUAUUGCAAAACUGCAAUUUUAUUACUCUUUGCACAAAGUGAUACAAAAUUAUCUUCAUUUUUAUAUAACAGUGUUAUAUCAAAGAAAAGCUGUUUAGCACUAUCCUAGAUAAGGAUGGACAUUUUUAUGACAUGUUUAUUACAAAAUAUAUUCAGCGGUAUUUUAUUUUAAGAAUAACAGAACUGUAAUUAUAAUAAUGACAGCUGCCACACUAUUGUGAAUUUUUAAGUAACUGUUUUAUCGAAAGCUUUAAAGUUAUACAUCUAAUAUACAUACGUUGUACUAAAUUAUUAUUUUUCUGUAAGUUAAAGUGAUCAGGUCAACAUCAUAGCACAGCUUCAUUAUCUAUAGGAAGAUUUCCCAGACGCAUCAAAUAUUGUAAUAGGAGUACACGAAGAGUGAAUAGGUUGUAAUCGCUCUUCAUUGCACUUUGCGUUUGUAUAAAAAUUAAAUGUAUCUACUAUAAUUUAAUUACGAGGCUACUGGAAUUAAUAAAUUGCUCGUUACGUAAAAUGCAUAAAAUCGCUAAAA